UUUGGCUUCUGCUGUUGUUAGGAAGACGUUGUCGUCGGAGAAGAAUAUCAGAAAUGCAGAGCGGAGAGAUCACGGCGGAGCAAAGAGCCAGAAUCACCCACAAUUUCAGAGCUGCCAAAGCCCUUCUUGCUCGAAAACGCCCUCGUCACGACGCCGUUUUAUCCAAUCGCUCCCUUACCUUUGCCAAAAUUCCGAAUGAAAAUGGAAUGGAAACCCCAUGUGAUUUUAGCAGAAUCAAAAGGGUUCCCCUUGCGGAUAUUUCAAUGAACACGCCGCAAUCCCCGUAUACCGGGCACAAAACAAUAGACCAUGAAAAGCCCAGCUGCAAUUCAGAUUGUGGGACUUCAAUUGUUAAUGGGACAAUGAGUGUUGCUGUAGAAAAUGGAUGUGCGUUGGACUAUUCUUCUAGAACCCUCAUCAAACAAGAAGAAAAUUGUUCGCUUUUGACUCCUAGCGUUAUAGACGAUGAUGAUUUUGACGAGUCCAUAUUGAAAGAAAUUGAUGUUCUAUGUGAGCAGAAAUCUGCUGCAAAAGCAGAAAGUACGGAUACACCAAACAGUGACUAUCAUGUUCAGAUUCGGCAUACAAAUGAUGACCCUAGUACUGGUUCGGAGCCUUUGAUUGCAAGUGAGAUGAUAGAAAGUGUAGGGGUGUUGGACUUUGGAGAUGGUGUUGAAUGUGGAGCAGAGGAUAUGACUAAUUCCCAGAGAAUAAAGAUUGCGAGCAUGUCUCGGGAGUUCUCGAAAUAUAUGCAGUCUCUCAAUGACAGACAACGUGAAGCGGCCUGUAAUGAUACCUCGACACCUUUGAUGAUUGUUGCUGGUCCAGGAAGUGGAAAGACUUCCACAAUGGUAGGACGUGUCCUCAUGCUUCUCAGUGAGGGCAUUAGCCCGUCAAAUGUUUUGGCAAUGACUUUCACCACAGCUGCGGCCUCUGAGAUGAGAGAUCGUAUUGGAGCAGUGGCCGGAAAAUCAACUGCUAAAGAGCUUACAAUCAGCACAUUCCAUUCAUUUUCCUUGCAGCUUUGUCGAUUGCAUGCAGAGAAACUUGGGCGUACAUCAGAUUUCUUGAUAUAUGGACAUGGACAGCAGAGAAGAGCAGUCAUAGAGGCUGUGCGGUUAUUAGAAAAUGAAAAGAGUAAGAAAAAUCUUGACACUUAUAUAUCUGCUGAAGAGUCAAAUGGUAUGACAUCUCCACAACAUUUUAAGGAUAUGUCAAAAAAAUGGCAGAAGUUUGUAACCAAGGCCAAAGCUUAUGGAAAAACUCCAGCCGAAUGUUGUAAAUUGGGUGAUGAAAUAGGAGCUGCUAUUCUUAGGAACUACGAUGACAUUUUAAAAUCUUGUAAUGCUUUGGACUACCAUGACUUAAUUAGUUGUUCUGUGAAGCUUCUCACUGAGUUUCCUGAAGUAUUCAAGGAGUCCCAGGAUUCAUGGAAAGCCAUUGUAAUAGAUGAGUUUCAAGACACAAGUGCCAUGCAGUACAAGCUUCUGAAGAUUCUUGCAUCUCACAACUGCAUAACAAUUGUUGGUGAUGAUGAUCAGUCCAUUUUCAGUUUCAAUGGAGCUGACGUUUCUGGAUUUGAUUCAUUUCGCAAAGACUUUUCAAAUUACAAAGAGAUCAGGCUAAAUAAAAACUAUCGCUCCACAAGGUAUAUUAUUGAAGCUGCAUCUUCUGUUAUACAAAAUAAUAUAAAGCGAUGCCAAGUAAAGCAUGUUGACACUGAUAAUUGUUCUGGAUCAAAGAUAAUUAUCAAGGAAUGCCACAAUGAGGAUGCACAAUGUGCUUUCAUUAUUGAUAAAAUCUUCGAAACCACUUCCUCUGGUUCAGCUGCUAAGUGUUCUUAUGGAAACAUUGCUAUUCUUUACCGGAGGCAGGUGUCGGGGAAAGUCUUCCAAACAGCCUUCCGAGAAAGGCAAAUACCUUUUAACAUUCAUGGUGUGGCCUUUUAUAGGAAAAAGGUAGUAAGAGCCAUUAUUGCAAUGCUUAGGACAGCAUUACCUGGUUGUGAUGAUGAACCAUAUCGUCAAGCAUUCAAGGCUCUACUUCCUUUUGAGAAAGAGGAAAAGAAGAGGGUAAUUGAGCAUAUAGACAAAGUUUCAACUAUUAGAAAAUGCAGCUUUAUGUCGGCUGCCUGUGACAUCUUUAAUGCAAAAGUUUCGGGUACCUUCAAGAGGAAUCAGCUAACUCAAGGACGCAAGGUGUUGUUGACACUAGACAUGAUUUCAAAGAUGGUACACAGGGAACAAUCGAUUUCAGCCGUCAUUACCUCUGUGGCAAACAUGGUACCUCAGAGGUACCUUCUCGAGCAGCGGGCAGUUGUUGAUGUUGAUGGGAAAAAAUUGCUGAAUGAAGACAAUGACAUGAGAUCUGUUCUUCAAUACCUAUUGGAUGAUGUGUCUGAUUUCUUAUCAACUAAAUAUUUUGCGGUUGAUGGGGAGACAAAAGUAGAAGAGAAAGGGUGUCUUAAUGUGCUCAAUGCUUUUGUGGAUCACAUAUCUGAGCGGGAGAGAGAAAAUUUUCGUUCCCGAAGGCAGGAGAAUGAGAAUUCAGUCACCUUGACUACCAUUCAUCAGUCAAAAGGUUUGGAGUGGGACAUUGUUUUUAUUGUUAAGGCAAAUGAUUCUGAAAUUCCUUUGCUGCAUGAGUUUAAUAGUGUGGCAAAGGUAAAUGGGACUUCAGUUGAGGAGGAACGUCGCCUUUUCUAUGUUGCAAUGACUCGUGCUCGAAGAAAUCUUUUCAUACUGUAUGUUACAGCGGAUUCAAAUUUUCAGAUACUUCAACCUUCACGAUUUCUGAAGGAAAUUCCAGAUCAUGUUCGAGAGAUUCAGGCUGAACUGAAUACACAAGAUUUAUUAGCCAAUCCCGACCGUCCUAAAGGAGCUGCCCCGCUUACUGUUGAUCGACCUGGGAAAAUCCAUUCUUCUGAAUCAGACAUGAUUCCAAAUGAUUUAUUCCUUAACAAAAUUAAUGAGCGUCCAAUAGAGUUGAUAGAACCAAUGGAAGCAGGCAAUGGAAAUAAUUUCUUAAAAAGAUUUCGUGUAGAAGAGAGAUCAAUUAUAUCCCACGUGUUUCAUCAGUGGGCUAAGAAGCAAGCAUUUCAAGAUCCAAAACGGCUGCUUGACAAGAUUGGCUUUAUAAUUGAUGAACGCCUAAGACUCAAAAAGAACAAACACAAGGAAGUUUGGCUCAUGCUAAAGUCUUGUUUGAAAUGUGAUGAAGCAUUUCAGUAUGCAGAAUAUGUAUUGAGAUGGGAAAAGAUUCCUGCUGAUAAGCGUGCUCAUUUGAUGCGGGAGAAACAGGAGCACUUUCAGAAAUUAAGGAUCGAGAACUCAAUGGGUUCAUCAGCACCAACAAGCAAACAGAUCUCUUAUCUGCAAAAUUUGGGAUGCACUGUGACUCCAACUUCGCGUCUCCACGCUUCUCGUUUGAUCGAGCAGUACAAGUCCUUGUGAGGGUAUGGUAUAUCAAACUCUUUGCUGUGAAAAAAAAAAAAAAAACUCAGUACUUUGCAUUGAAGAUUUGGAAGCUAUGGAUGGGAAAUAUAUGAGAAGAGUUGGAGUUGUGAUGAUAACAAUGGCGUUAAGUAUACUCAUGAUAGCGUUGUGGAGUCUUCAAUGUUUUCUUCCUCUCUGCUCGCUGGCUUGAUAAUUAUCGAAUUAUCGGCCACCUCCUUAUAUACCAAAGAGUAGAAUUUGCAAUGAGGAGGCCUAUACAAUGCAUGCAAGCAAUUUGCGUGCGUUCCAAAACAAUUUGAUCUUUGUUUUUAUAGUGUUCGUGAUGAAUGCUUGCUACGUGUAUUUUAGUUAUGUUGCUAAUAGUAAUGAUGAAUUCUACAUAUCAAUAGCAUCAACAAUGGCUUUAGGAAUUGCUACAUUUUAUUUGCUACAUGUGAAAUAUAGACAUUCAUUCAUUAAAAAAAUAAAAAAAUAAAAAGAAAGAAAAGGAAAAAAAAAA